GGAAAACCCUCUUCUCCAUUGGCUGCCUUCCCCAAAGUCAGGGGGAUUAAAACUACAGCUAAGGGUUUUUUUCCUUUUCUCUCUGCUGCGAGAAUCCGAAAUCUGCCUUUCCUCCUCUCCCAGGGCUUCUUUUGCCUUUUCUCUCUAAGACAGGUCAACCCAAAUCUGCCAAGAUGUCCAGCAAGCGAGCCAAGGCGAAGACCACCAAGAAGCGUCCUCAGCGUGCCACCUCCAAUGUCUUUGCCAUGUUUGACCAGUCACAGAUCCAGGAAUUCAAGGAGGCUUUCAAUAUGAUAGACCAAAAUCGUGAUGGGUUCAUUGACAAAGAAGAUCUGCAUGACAUGCUGGCAUCUCUUGGGAAGAAUCCCACUGAUGAGUACUUGGAAGGCAUGAUGAGUGAAGCUCCUGGACCCAUCAAUUUCACCAUGUUCCUCACCAUGUUUGGAGAGAAGCUGAAUGGCACUGAUCCAGAAGAUGUCAUCCGCAAUGCUUUUGCCUGUUUUGAUGAGGAGGCCACAGGGUUCAUUCAUGAAGACCAUCUGCGUGAACUCCUCACCACCAUGGGUGACCGGUUCACAGAUGAAGAAGUUGAUGAGAUGUACCGAGAAGCCCCCAUUGAUAAGAAAGGCAACUUCAACUAUGUGGAAUUCACCCGUAUCUUGAAGCAUGGCGCAAAGGACAAAGAUGAUGAAAACUAAGAUUCCAACUUCUUGGUCACCCUUGUUUUAGGUCCUAGUCCCCUUGCACCUCUUUGAAGAUACCCUACAGGUCAUGUAUCAGAAAACCAUUGUCAAGUAUCAGAAUGGUCUAAUCUGAAGGGAUAUGCUUUUAAACAUUGCAGCCAAGCUAGCCCUGAUCUAAAUGAAGAAUAAGCUUGUUGCACAUUCACCCAUGUUGCACAUGGAUCAGUGCUGAUCUUUUAUUAAGUUACUCCUCAGUUCUGUUGAUACAGAGUAAGGUACAAGUAACUCACCUUUCCAAAUAAUAUUUGCAAACAUGAUUGCAGUGGGAGGUAGAAACUAUCUGUCACUGUCAUCAGACCAUCCAACACUACAACUGUUUUGUACAACUACACAGAAAUGGAUCUAAGGGCUGGGGUUGCUAUAGAGAUAGCCAUUUGAGACUUUACCUAGAAGACUGAUGCCUCUAUUGUUGUCAAUAUAUAUAACUUAUACAGCACUUCUAAACUUGCAACGUGACGCAUGAUUGGUAUUGUUUUUACUACCAAUACCACCACCAUCAUAAGCCUCUGAGGUAAGACACUGUUCUUCCCAUUUUAUGAAUGGAAUGCUAAGGGAGAUUGAAAGCCUGAGGCCACAUAUUAAUUCUACAGAAGUGAAAAUUAGGACUACAAGAUCCAAUAUCAAAAUCUUAAUAUGCUCUGGGUGACACUGGCCUUCACCUUCUCUGCAUAUACUGAACCCACUCAAAUAUUGUGGGGCCAUCAGUCCAACCUUGGUGCCUUGGUAUUAUCCAGCUUGGCUGAGAUGGCCAGCUUUGUUUUGCACUUGCUUCUCUCUCUCUCUUACACUUACACACACACCACCACACAUACACAAACACCACUGUACCGAUAAAACAGAUUCUCUUCAUUUUCCCUAUAAUUUCCAUCUCAUCCUAAAUUCAUAUUGCCCAUAUGUAUUAUAUUUUGACUAGAGAGUUAGCCAGAAAUUAGACCAUGGGUCCAUGAUAUUCAAAGUCCUCUCUCACCUUUCUACUUGGGCCCUAAACACAGUGACUUUAUUUCUUUUUGGCUACCUGAAAAAAGGUUAAGCAACAAAUACACCUAUCUAAUUUACAUUGAUUCUAAGAGGAAACAAAUUGCUUAUUGGGGGGAGUUUAUUUCAUUAUUUUCCUUCAGGUUUUUUGUUGUUGUUGUUAAAGUACAAAUUUUGGAAUAUUCAGAUAUCCUUUUAGAACUUUUCCUACUGGUAUCCCAACUUGUGAAAUAAAAUGUAGCCACAGCCUAUGCAGUUCCUUGUUGACAAUCAGAUCAAAGAUUGUGUGAUGAAGAGGAAAAAGUUGAAGUUACACAUAAAGAGUAUAAUAAAAAUAUGUUCUUGUUCUGUA